GUAAUUUUCAUGUCAUAGAAUCUAAAUUACGUAAAUAAUAAUUAAAAUGUUUUAAUUUAAUACAUAAUGAUAAUUAGGUAGUGGUUAUAGAUAAACAUUUAUAACAAUUAUGUUAUUUAUCAAUUAAUUAAUUUUUUUUGGUGAAAAAAAGUUAAAAGUUAACCUAACGGUUGAUUCAAUUGAAUAGGGGAAGUCAGUUUUUUGUUUGUCAAGAUUAUUUUCUUUAUUAGUAAUGAAAAAUUAAUUACUUUUCAAUUGCUGUAAUAUUAUUUAUUCAACGAACUUGUGAUUUAUUUAUUUAUUUAUUCAAAAUAAAUAUUCAGUAUUAUGGCUGAUGAAAUUAAAACUGAGAGUGUUAAUGGAGGUAUGGAUUGUGAUGAAAAUUUGCCAGAAGUUGUUGCUAGUAUGAAAAAGUUAAGUGUUGAUGCCAAAGGGGCAAAGGGUUCAAAUUCAACACGAUAUUCAUUGAGAACUAGAGUAGCUGCAAUGCCAACACCUGCGCCAACUUCACCGCUGAAUAGAAGGUGCAAUUCACGUCCAAAAAAACGUUCCUACUCGACGUCGGAAACAGACGCACAACGAAAAGCCUAUUAUUUAGAUAAAAGUACUAAAAACCUGCCAAAUAAAACGUUGGAGACAAUAUACGAAGAAUUCGAUGAUAUGAAUGUAACAACGACACUCAUGAGUUCUCGUAAAUUCCGAAGAUUUAUCGAUUUUAAAAACAAGACUGCCGCACCCGCCAAACUAAAUAAAAGAACCCUAAAGAUAAAACGUAUUUUUGGAUCUAAAAGUCAUUUACAGUCAAAACAAUCAAAAGUUUCUAUGCAAGCUCUUGUAAAAAAGCUUGAUAGUAUUUUAGCCAGACCACCAUCUGCUGAAUCUUAGUCUCUAAGUCUUUUUGAUAUGUACUAUUUUAAAUUAUAUGUUUAUUAUUAUUUUUUUUUUAAUUACAUUAUUGCAUUUUUGUAUGUGAUAUACAUCAUACAAUUGGAUUUGAAAUGAUAGAGCAAUAAGCAACUAAAUAAAAAAAAUGACUUACUAACGUUCUC